CACACACAAUAACCAAACCAAACACCAGGUUUUUUUGGCUUUCGCUCGAAGCUUAGACACGAUGAGUGAGGCGGAAGCAGAGCGGGAGGGAGAAGCGGAAGGAGGAGCUCAUCGCAGCGGUCCCUCCAGUGGUGCUCGCUCCUAUAGGGCUCAUCCGUACCAAGGACCAUACAACAGAGGCUCGGCUGACUCGGCGGGGCCAGCAGAGCAACCGGCGGAGGGCCAGGGCGAUGCGGCAGCAAACAACACCACCAGCACCCACCUCAACAUCAGGAUCAACAUGCAGCUUCUCGUAGGGGUCGACACCUGGGUGAGCGGAACGGAAAGAUACGUGACUGCAAUUCGGGUGACCGGAAUGAUACGUGUGUGUGUGUGUGCACAGGUAUCAGGGACGCCCACACUGCAUUUCAACAUACGGUGAGCAGACACCGGCACACGCGGAGGGCAGGGCAGGGCAGGCCAGGCCAGGCCCCCCUAUGGUGCGACCGGUCAAUGCACUGCAGGCGGACCACUGCGCUGUGUCGCAUGUUCGGCAUCUACCUGGGCCGGCUGAGCGUGCCUCCCGAGCUGGAGCCCGGCCUGCACUACAUGUGCGAAUUCAACUACUUCGCCACCGACGGGCGGACACACACAUUCACUAGCGAGACUAGCGUGACUGGCGGGGAGGUGGGCAUGGCUGACGGUGACACGAUCUACGCCAGACCGACGCCCGGCUCGGCACUGGUAAGCCACACGAGAUGGAUGGAUGGAUGGAUGGAAGCGGGUGUCCGUGUGUGUGGACAUUCCUCUCUCUCUCUCUCUCUCUGUGUGUGUGUGUGUGUGUGUGUGUGGUAUAGGAUAUGUGGCUGCGUGAGAGAGAGAGGGACGAAGGUGACGUGCCGCAAGGGGGCAUGCCGCAACCGGCAGACGGUCAGCAUCACCUCACCACCACACACAGCAGAAUGAAGGACUCAUCAAAAUGACCGGUCCCCCUUUCUUGCCCGCAUUGGUUGGUUGCAGAGUCUGCCUCUCUGUCAGUGUUGAUCAAGACCAGCAGGCUCUUCGCCUACGGCUGCGAGGCCACCACUGACGCCGACGGCAAGCUAGAGACCACCGCGGGAUCGUCAUCCUCUCCGGUGGAGAGGACCGCGGCUGCAGCAGCGAGCGCGUCGUCCCUGGCCGAGCGGACGGACCAGGACACGUGCUCGAUAUGCCUCGACACAUUCGCCACAGGACAGGUGUGUGCCUCGUUUGAUUGGGUCAGACAGACAGACAGACAGACACAACGACAGAUGCUCUCAUGAAGUCUCAUCUCAUUCAUUGAGUCUCUGCAGGUGGUACGGCGGAUUUUGAAGUGUGGUCACCAGUGGCAUGCCGAGUGCGUCGACCCGCACUUUGCCCUCAAGGCGCACUGCCCGGUGUGCCGGCUAGACCUGAGGGAGGCCGCUGUCGAACAGCAGAAUCAGGCGGGGGGCAAAGGGGGCGAUGCGCAGCAUUGACUGACCGACAGGCAGGGGCAGAAACCUUCCGCAUGAGCAUGAUCCAAUAAGCGGAAGUUUCUCAGUGAAUGCGUGUAAGAAGCUCAUGAGCAAGGCCUUCCUUCGCCAUCCACACACGAGCCAGUGGAUGGAGAUGGGGGACAGACACAGCACAUAAGCUGGCCAAUUGGUCAGAAAAGACUGUAUGAGGGCCGGCGAAUUCAGGUCUUUGCUCAUUGUCACUGUUGCCAGUGUUGAAUGCAUUGGCGGGCAGCAAAAGAGUCAUCAGGCAGGCAGAUAGACACAGGCGAUGCACGAACGCCGUCAAAAC